GACAAAGUGUUCAACAUGGUGUCUGAUUUACGAAGUUUUCCGGUCAGUUGCAAAAGACGCGUCCCUGACCUGAUGCUUGUCCCACAGGCGAUGCGGGUCGCCGGCGCGCUCGUGGACCGGUCGGGUGCCGUCCUGCGGCGCCACCUCCUGGUCGUGCUCCGCGCCCUGGAGUCCGGACAGGUCCUAUUGGCAGCCCUGGCAAGCGUUGUGCGCUACCCGGGCUCCAAGCUGGAGCCGCUGCUGCAGGGGCUGGCCGCGCUCUCGCUGCUCAAGCGGCUGCACCACAGCAUGGUCAUGUGGAACGAGCGCCAGGAGCAGCUGCGCCUCGAGGCGCUCGAGUACGACGGCCGAGACCCCACCGAAGACCGCGUCCGGUGCGAGGUCCUGCACGAGCCUGGCGGGGACCCCGCCGAGGUGCGCGUGGACGUCGUCUUCAUCCACGGCCUUAACGGCUCCAUUCGCAAGACGUGGACUCAAGGCGAGCGCAGCGUGGAGGACGGGGUGCAGCGCCAGCUCCUCAAGACAUACCGCGGGGAGGAGGACGGCGACGAGGGACGCCGGAGGCGGGCGCCGGCGCUGGACCUGACCAUCAGCAACCACCACUUCACCGUGUCCUGCAAGCGGCGCGGCGAGGCCGGCGCCCCGGACAGGGGGAUGCUCGUCUGCGACUGCGACGACUGCGCCGGCAGCGGCUGCAGCACGCCGCUGGCCGACGGCGCCGACGGGGGCGGCCCACCCGCGGCGCCGCGGCCCAAGAGCAAGUGCUGGCCCCGGGACUGGCUGCCCGUCGACUGCCCCGGCGUGCGCGUCCUGGCCAUCGACUACACCACGGAUCCGUACCUGUGGCGGCCCGUGUGGGUACCAAAGCUGAGCAGGCGGACCAUGCAAAGUCGCAGCCAAGAGAUGACCAAGAAGCUCCUAGAGCAGGGCGUCGGGUGCAGGCCCAUCGUGUGGGCUGCGCACUCCAAAGGAGGCCUUUUCGUCAAACAGAUAUUAGUCGAUGCAAGUGAGAAUUGCAGUGAAUUAGUGAAGAAUACGCAAGGGAUUCUAUUCUACAGCGUUCCUCAUCAUGGAUCAAAGCUUGCCAGGAUUAACAUUCCUUGGUUGCUGGGACAAUCUGUGGAAAUCACAGAAGUUAAAAAAGAUUGCCCUGAGGUGAGGGACCUUCACAGAAGAUUCUUGUCGCUUUAUGAGAAUGAUCACCUCCACGCCGAAGUGGUCUCACUAGUUGAAUCACAGGAGACCCCUUUAUACUUCACUUAUGUCAGAGUAGUUGACGAAGAAUCAGCAGAUCCAGGAGUGGGAGAAUUUUAUAGCGUCUCCGCAAACCACAAAGACAUUUGCAAGCCAACUGGCAGGAAAUGUGUACUCUACUUAGAAUUAGCUCACCUGAUCAACCGAGUGACUUGACACGCAGCUAUCGACUUGGUACGCUCCCAUUCCAAGUUUGAAUUUUUUUGCACCUAUUUUUAAUAUUUGUAGAUUACACUUAUUUUUAUAGUACUUGAAACACUUAAAAAUACUGCUGAUUAUUGUAAAAAUUUAUCACAGUUUAAAAUGUACCAUUGUGUGACUGAUAAAAAGAACAAUGAUUUUUGUAAAAUAAUGAAAGAACAAUUCAGAUCAUUUGGAAUUCCCCUGUAGGUGAAACAUAAUUGUGUCCAUAAAAUUGUGUGUCUGCCAUAUCUCCCCUGUCGUAAGAAAUAUACGUUUUUGUAAACCUGCUAAGAUUCUGUGAUACACUAGAUAUACGUGAUAUAAUAUAGAUAAAUAAAGAAUUGGUCUGGUUUGUGAGUUAAAGAUAUGGAAUGUGAAUAAAAUGAAGUUCAAACAGAA